CUUCCAAUCUGGCAAGUCAUUCCGUGAUUUUGGCGAAAACAAGAGUCAGAGGAGAAAACAGUAAAAUAUCCAUCUAAAAGAAAAGAAAAUGGAGUUGCCUCACCUAGGAACACAUUGCCAUCAAAAAGACUGUAAACAACUUGAUUUCCUUCCUAUGAAGUGUGAUGCCUGCUCCAUGAUAUUCUGCAAUGACCACAUCCACUAUGCGACCCAUUCCUGCCCAGAAUCAUACAAAAAGGACAACCAGGUGCCUGUGUGUCCACUAUGCAACAAGCCAAUCCCGCUGAAGAAAGGGGAGGUGCCAGAUGUGGUGGUAGGGAGACACAUUGACAGUGACUGCCAGUCAGACCCCGCCAAGGAAAGAAGAAAGGUUUACACGAACAAGUGCUCAAUGAAGGGGUGUAAGGUGAAAGAGAUGAUACCGGUCAAGUGUGACAAGUGCCAGCAGAACUACUGUCUACGCCACAGAUUUGAGGAUGACCAUCAGUGUGAGGGAUUUGAAAACACUGGCAGGUCCAUGUCCAACACUGGAAUGGCGGCCCUGUUCCGCUCCAAGCCUACCUCCUCAGGCUCCAGUAAGACCAAGGCCAACAACCAGGCCCCUCAGAAUCGGGCACAAAACAACCUCACUCGGGGACUGGGCUCCGAACUUAACAGACAAAGAGAAGAGAGAAUACGCCAACAACAACAGCAGCAGAGACAAGACGUGCAGAGAUCUCAGACUCAGGCAGAGAAGCAACUCAGGGCCGCACAGGCUGGGCUGUCAGAGGAAGAGUUGAUGGCCCGUGCAAUACAACAGUCCUUGUCCGAGACCCAGCAACCAGCCAACACCAACCAAGGCGAAGGGAUAAGCCAGGAGGAGGAGGACCGUUUACUUGCGCAGGCGCUGGCCGCCAGUGAGGAAGAGGCACGCAGACAAAGAAAUAACACUCAGAGACCAGUCACCCAGGCAACGGACAAGAGAAGCUGCCACUUGUCGUGAUAGGGAAGAAAACACUAAUAAUUGUGGACUUUGCUAGUUGAAAUUGCGCACUUCGGCUGAUGAACUUCCGGACAUUCACUGGGUAAAUUCAAGACUUCUGCCAAUUGAAAUAAAAGUCUUCAACUCAGUGAAAUUGCAGACUUCUGCUGGGUGAAAUUGGAUUGUUCUGCCGAGUGAAAUUUCCAGACUUUCACAGGGUGAAAUUCAAUGAGUUAUAUGUACUUCUACACACUGUACUGUUUCAUUGGUUUGGAGCACGGCUACACACAUCUACCUUACUUUGUUGAUAAUGUUAUUGUUGGUUGUUGAUCAUUUUAUAAAUGUUCUGCUGAUAUGGGAUGGUUGCUUUUAAAGGAAAGUUUUAAUUUUAAGGUAUUGACUAUAUGGAAGAGGAUAUAUUUGGUCAGGUUAUAUGGUGAAAUAUUUUUUAAUCAUAUUUUUACAUGUGUAUUUUCUGUAUCAAGAUAUCAAUGAUAACAUUUGUUUUGUUUAUCAAACAAAGAGUGUUUGAAAAAUGAUAUAUUCAUUUAAACCUGUGAAAUCAUGUAUUUUGAUGUUAAGAUAUGUUUUUAUGAAGAAAGAAAUUACAUGAAUAUUGUUCCAGCUUUUCCUCUAUAUUCAGCAUUUAUAUAGACUAUUUAAGUUCAUGACUUUUUUGAGAUUCAUACACUUAAAGACAGGAAUGAACACUUUCAACAAUCUAAAAAUAUUUUUCUCAUGUUACAGAGAAUAUCUUGUGUGUUCAUUCUAUAUAUAUAUAUAUAUAUAUAUAUAUAUAUAUAUAUAUAUAUAGUCGCAAACUGCAAAUCCCUCUUUGAAAGCUUUAUUAUAUUCAAUGAACAAGUUAAAUAGAAAAGAUCCUUUCUGUCCGAGUCCAUGAUAAUUUUCUAGUUUAUUUCUGUCUAAUCAUCUACACAGUUGCAUUAUUUCUUGACUUUUCAGGUAAAAUGAUAUUUUAAAUUACAAAUAAAUUUUCCAUCAAGAUACACGCUUCUAACUCUUAAGCAUUAUUCUAUGUAUUUUUGAUCGAACAGAGUAGGGCAAUCAUAUGUAUUUCCCUGACUUUAAGACAACAAUGCAAGUAAGAUAACAUUAUAUAUGAUAAACAAAUAAACCAGAUAGUAUGAUAAUGUGGUAUAUAUAUACUGGUAUAUAUAUAUGCACUACAUGAUCAUACUAUUGAGUACCUUUGUUGCUAUCUGCAGUGUUACUAAAAUACUUCAAUGAUUUAAUUUAAAUAUUGUAUAUCAUGAAACAGGAAUUAAAAUAAAAUCUUUUUUUUUUUUAAUACAAUCAUAUAUAGCAAAACUUAUUGUGUGAUAUCUACAUAAGAUCUUUAAAUGUGAUUAAACAUUUUAUUCUUUUGGUAAAGAAUGUGCUUCUGAAUAUAUCAAAACCUAAAAUUUUGAAUCUUGGAUUUUGGAAGUAUUUUUGUGAUAUUGGAUCCUGAAAUGAAAAGAAGAAGAGGUCAUUGGGUUGUUCAUAAUACAUGACAUGAUUUUACGAAUGUGAAUUUCAUUAAAUGAAGGAUACUUGUUUAACAAUAAGUUCAAAAUUCAAAAAUGGCGGAAUGUAUGAUUGAUAUCUUGAUCUGUAAUCUUUGUAAACUUCAAAUGAUGGGGUUGAAUUAGUGCAAAUUUAUGCUGAACAGUAAUCAAGUUCUUUUUAAUCUAUAACAAUGUUUUACUCUCUGUUCUUUGUGUCAUUGUAAAGUUUUUAUUCAUGUUAUUUUUAAAUAAAAAAAAUAUGAUAUGUA